GGUGAGCCAUGGCUGAUAAAAAAUGUGUAGCAGUAUUGGUUGUGAUCGGGGCAUUAGUAAUCAUGACCAUAGCUCUGAUAGCCACAUCCCUAAAGAAACUAGCCUCUGAUGAAAUUGGUAUAAAAUAUGACACUAUCAACAAGGAUCUGGGGUCGUCCACAGAAAGAGAGGGGUUACAUAAUGGUCCUCCUGGGUUUGAAUUUAUUAUCUUCCCAAGUGUCUACAAAUCUCUCGAGUUUUCUAUGAAGUGCUUGAAUAAGGAUGGUGUUCAGAUCAAGCUUGAUGUCACAUACCAGUACAAAGUACGCUCAGCUAAUUUACGAACGGUCAUUCUGAACUUCAGGAACUUCACAGGAUACAAGACAGUCUUGACUUACGCUGGUGAGGCAGCGCUUCAUGAAUCCUGCAGCUACUUUAACACGUCCCAGUUCCAGAGUCAGAGAGCAGAAUUUCAGGAGUUUGUCCGAACCAAGAUCAUAGAGAGAUAUGAUAUCUUAUAUGCAGACAUCACAGACUUACAGGUGAGCAACAUUGAGAGACCCGGGGAGUAUGAGAGUGCCAUCAGAAGCAAGGAACGAGCCAGAGAGGACAUUCAGGUAGCACUUAACGAGAGGCCAAGGUUACUGACAGAGGCAGAGACGGAAAAACGUGAAGCGGAAACUCAGGCCGAAAUCAUCAAAGACAAGGCAGAAUCAGAUGCCAGGAUCCUGAGCAAUAGGGCCAAAACUGAAGCAGAAGCCAUUUUGACUCAGUACCAGAAAGAGGCUGAGGCAUACAAGCAGAUCAUUGAGGCUUCUGGCCUUGGGUUCACAGUGGAGGGAUUUAUCUCAUACCUGGGGGUCAGAGUAAUCGCUGAUGCCAAGAAUCCGGUGUACAUCGGACUUCAGAGUCCAGCCAAAUCAUCUUAUACUUAACUACUUGAUUAGGUCAUCCAUACAUUUGUGGAACAAGAUUUGCUCAAUCCUGUUUUUGGGUAUGAAUUUCGACAUUGGAUUAAUGAGAAGUUAGGUUAACCCUGAUUUGUUUAGUAAACAACUUUCCUCAUUCAUUAACAUUAGCUUACAUGCCACAAUCUUUAUUGGUUCACAUUUCUUAAGAAUUUUUCUAUUAAAUACUGAAAGUACUUUUAUACUUGUAAUAUUUAAUAUAUGCUUCUAAAUAGUGUACAUAAAAGAAAUAUGCACAUUAUACAGCAACGAAUUAGGAAGUCAUUAUUGUUUUAACCCUAGGGGAUGAUAUAUAGGGAAAAUACAGUAUUUUUAAAAUGCCAAAGGUAUAAAAUUUAGUAUGAAUUUUCCCCCUAUUCCCAACCAUAGACUUUUUUUAAACCCAAGAGAAUGGAACAAUGAAUUUAAUAGAAAAUGCCAUAGUUAUGUACAAAAUGGACACAUCUUACAGUGAUUUUAAUGUGUGCCAAGAAAUAUGAUGUACCAUUGAAUACGAAAUAUUAGAUUGUUUAUAUUUGCUAGUCAGGUCAAUUGUGUAUAGAGUAAUUAAGGUUAUUCAAUGGUGGCUUUAAUUUUGAAAAUAUUUGUAACACUGAUAUGGACGGGUAGUCCUUGUAUAUGUAUGAAAUUACUUCUGUUGUGUUUAUUAUAUGCUUUUAAAAUAUUUUUUUUUGCUGUGUUGUCUUUCAUUCAUGUGAAUUUCAGCGGUGAAAUCUUUAAACCAUAUUAUAAACUAGUACUUGCAAGCUUAAUGUUUUGAUUGAAAUGAUUGUUUGUUUUUUUUUAACUUUUUGAAAAAUGCUUUGUUGUUCUUGAUUUGAUUUUUUUUUUUCAUAUUAAUUGUUGAAACUUUAUGUUAAAUACAGUCAUGUUCUCCAAGCCAGUUUCCUUUCAGCUCAACUUUUCCAGUUUUGUUAUUUGUACGCUCAUGUACACAUCAAUUUUCUUUCAAAUCUUUCUCAUUAGAUGUCUUUCCUCUCAAGAUACAAAAAUGGCAUUAUUGUUUACGGCAACUAUUUUGCACACCAAGGAAAGUACAUCUAUGUUUAAAGCAUAAAGGUUAACAAAUUUAAGAAUAGACUAACAUGCGAGCGAUUAACAUUAAUAUACACUGUGGCUCGCUUACUUUAGUAUGCAUUGCUUACUUAGACAAUCUUUUUUAAGCUUUUCUGAAAAUUGAAUGUAUUUCAAUUUUUUUCAGCUCAUCUGAUGCAAAUGCUCAGGUGAAAUUAUUUAAUCAUUGUUUGUUCUUUGUCUAUCUAUUUCACUGUCUGUCUAAUUUUCUGUUAGGUCAAGUUCAAGUAAUUAAAAGGAGCCUAUAGGUUUUGGAAAUGAAUUCCUAUAAUUAUACCAUGUAUUUAUUUACCCUAUCUUUUUGAAAUAGGAUGGUUCAAAUGUAGUGAAAAUGCCUCAUUUUGUAAUAAUUUAAUGAUAGCUGUAAAGUUCAGGAAAAAGUAAGUUUGGCCAAUUUCAACAAAACUUGGUAUAAAGUUUCAAAUUCAUUUAAUGGACUGGUGAUGUCACUUUCCAAAGGGGUACAUUCUAUAUCCUUCAAAUCAUUGCCCCUGGAGCUUUAUUGAGUCCACAAAACAGUGCUGAGUUUCACAUGGGAUCAUAUAGGUAAAAAUCUUUAAAAAUCUCUAGAAUACUGGACUUCAAUAAAUCAAAUUGAUAUGGAAGUACCUUAUAAAUUGUGUAUUCAAAUGAUUGAAAUCAUGGUCAGUAUGGCAAGGGUGGAAACAUCUUUAGAAAUCUUCUUUUCCAGAACAACAGGACCAAAGUUGAUCAUACUUGUUUUAAAGUAAAGUGCUUCAGUUUUAUAUGUAAAUAUAUGAACUUCUGCGGGAACAACAAAAAAACUUCAUAUAUAAUUUAUAAACCCAAGCACCAUAAUAAUACCAGUUCUAUAAACAGACAUUUAAUGUUGAAAUAAUGGACUUUUAGUUGAAGGUUUCAAUAGCUUCAUUCAGUGUAGGUGUAUUGCAACUCAGAUGAGCAUUGUGGCCCAUGGACCUUUUGUUUCUUGAAAACUGCAUCAAAUACUCUUCUUGCUUUUGUGCAAUGAGAUACUAAUGGUUAUACUCCAAAUGUAUCAGUUUGUAACUUUGGGUAAGAAUGUACAUUUUAUGUUGCUUUAUAUACUGUAGCUUGACACAAUUAUUUCCCUGUGUAUUUUAAUUCGCCUUUUCACACAUGGCCUUACAACUUACAAAUUUUCACUUUUAUAAUAUUACAUGUAUUGAUAACUCUUUAUUUAUUUCGUACCAUUUAUAUCUGUACAUUUUUUACCUUCGUUGUAUUAUUUAUUGUUGACUUGUUAAUUGUAUUUGGCAUACCUAAAACUAAUGUUCCUGUCCGAUAAUAAAUGUUUGUAACCAUU